AUGGACAAUAAUGUAUUGGCAUCACUUACAGUAUGUAAACAACAACAUCGAAGACGUUUAAUUAAAAAAAAGCAUAGACGACGUCAUUUAUUAAGUAUUCGACGAAUUCUUCUAGAUACAACAUAUCCUAAUUUGUUUAUUAAACCUUUACACAAUAAAGAUAUACCAGUUGAUGAUAAUUUAAAAUUGACAUCAUUGCCUACCUUUAUUACUGAAGAACAAAAUGAACAUUCAUCUGAUGGUAUACUUGAUUUGUGUGCUAAUGAAGAAUCAUUUGAUGAUUUAAGUGAACGGAAUGUUGAUGAAGAAGUAUAUUACGAUUUAGAUGAAUUAAAUAUUGAUGAACAAGUAUCUGAUGUAUUAGAUGAAUCUUUUAAUUUGGCUACUUCAACUUUUCCUGAACCUGAUUUAAUUUUGCACGGCUCAACUAAUAUUAUAAAGAAUGAAUACUGUAGAAAUCUUCUUACUUUAUUUCGUGAUGCGAAAAUUUCCAAAACACAUUGUGAUAGAUUUAUUCGUCUUAUUCAGUCUGGUCUACCAAUACCAAACAACAUGCCAACGUCGAUGAAAAAUCUUUUGAAAGAAAUGCAAGGUAAGAUUAAAUUCAAAUUAUUUUUACUUGCAAAAAGCUCAGAAGGAGUCAUCAUUUUUUAUUUUUUACAAUAAAUGUCCACAGUCAUAUUUUUCUUCUACCGAAAAUUGAAACGUUAUAACUCAAUGCUGAAAAAAAAUACAAGCGAAUGCACCGAACUCUUUUCCAGAAACGUUAAAGCUCUUGAAGUUAAUCUACUAUAAGAAAAAGAAAAAAUUACGAGAAAUAAGUUUUGAUUCAUGCAUAAAACGAAGUUACUUUAUGGUUUUAUAAGAAAGCAUGAAAUACAAAAAGCUAGUAAUUUGUGCAAAUUUCUUCUUUAUGAUCUUUUCCUUAGAGAGAAUUAAACAAAAUAAAAUAUAUUGAAUCAAUUACUUUUUACGCAUUAAAUCUAAAAUAAUUUUUUUUGAGUAUGUCGUUAUACAUCACUAUGCAUCUGAUGUCAUUUAUUUCGUUGUAUUCAGAAUUGAAUUUAUUUUAAGAAAACCGUAAUUUCAAUUCAAGCUUUUUAGAAAUUGAACUUUACUUUGAUUGAUUUACUAUUAGUCGCAUAAAAAAAUUAAGCUAAGUUCACUUUCAAGUUUAAAAUUUUUUUUUUGUAAAAAAAAAAUUUUCUACUGUUAGAUAUAGCGAAUUUGAACCGAUAUUGUUGAGAGAUGGUACGACUAGAAAUGAACUAUAUUCUUCAUGAAUUUUUAUACCAAUAGAAGAAAAAAUUUCACUAAUUGAAAUAGCAAUAUUUACUAAAUAUAGAAUAGUUCAGUAUUACAAAUUUGAUUU